AAUUACAAAAUGAAAUGACUCCAGAAGAAAAAAAAAAACUGUACAAAGCUAUAGAUUAUCAGGAGAAUUCAGCACCUGCCCUUUUUCCAGAGGAAUACGUAGAAACUUCUGCUACAUUCUUAUUGAAAAUCUUAGAAAUAGAGUUACGAGAUGAUGAGUGGGAAAAAGCUGUCACCGUGCUUGUAACCAAUCUCAAAGAGGUUAGGUGUAAAUUUGAAACAAGACCUGCUACUUCAGGCUUAAAAUGGUAGAGGCGAUGCCAUCUCUCUUAUGAAGAAAUCAUCAAGGGUAUCAACAAAAGACACAAUUCACAAUGAUCAAAGAUUAACAAAGCUCUCCAAAGUGGUCUGUUACAAAGUCAAGAAAUGAACAAUAAAGUACAGUUAUGAAGUCAU